GACAAACAAAAGCCAGGGUGGUGAUCGUGCAGAUACAGUACAGAAGGAGUCUACGAUAAAAAAGAUGAGCAAAUCCAUCGGAACAAACGCUCGAUCGCGACCAGCGUUUAUUGAUGAAGAUCAGGUGAAGGAGCUGCUCGGUUGGGAUGCCGCUCGGACCGCGCUGGAAUCCGCAUUCGUGUCCGUUUCGAAUCAGGCCCGUGAUCCAGCGAAACGAUCGUCCGAUCAUCCGGUGAGCUCUCAACCGGCCCGUACCUUCGUGCAAGCAGAUGGUGGAGUGCUGCUGUGCAUGCCCGGUUAUGUAGGCCGACACAGGAUAUCGGAGGAUUCACCGGCGACCGAUCGUGUCUCCACGUUGGCCUGUAAGCUGAUAACAAGUUUCCGUGGUAAUGUCGCGCUAGGCUUGCCACGGAUCAACGGAGAGGUGUUUCUGUUCAACAGUAGCACCGGCAAGCUGGAUGCGAUCGUUGAGGCCAACUAUUUGACCGGUGUGCGCACGGCGAUGGCAUCGAUCGUAGCGACUGAUCAUCUGUUUUUGCGACCGGAACGGUUCAACCGUGACGGUGCAUCGAUUCAACUCGGUAUCGUGGGCUGUGGAUUUCAGGGUAUGAUGCACGCCGUCGGUUUCGUGCGCACGCAACCCCAGCUGGCCAAGGUAAGAAGCAUCCGGUUGUGGAACCGUACACCGGCCAAGGCACUGCAGCUGCAGACCAUACUGCAGGAGGAAGCGAAGAAGACUUCCAGCGAUUAUUCCGUGUUCGUGUGCGAUACGGUGGAGGAUUGUUGCCGCGAUUGUGAUGUGAUUGUGACGGCCACCGGUUCCAGUGAACCGUUGGUUUACCGGAGCUUCCUAAAGCCGACGGUACACAUUAAUGCGGUCGGUGCUGGGGAGUAUCAUCAUGCGGAGCUGGCACAGGACGUGUAUGACCACUGUCAGGUGUAUAUUGACCAUUGGGAAGGUGCACGAAAGGAGCUGGCCACGCUACGAUCAACCAUUGUCGGUGAGGUAGGUGAAGUGAUUUUGCGUCAAGCGACGGCCACCGAGAGCGAGAGUCUCGUGCCGAAGCGACCCGGUAUCAGCGUGUUUCAGUCCCUUGGUAUGGCCACGGAGGAUGUAACGGUCGGGCGGUUAGUAUACGAGAAGUAUCUCGAUCGCCAGAGAGCAUCGGGAGAGUGAUUCCCCUGUCGUUCGGAUUGGAUUUCAAACGGAAUGCAACGAUCUUUGGAAUGUUUCUCUUUUAUUGAUAUAUAAAAUUGGGAUGCUUAACGUUAAAUGAAAAAUGUGUAAAAUUGUACUCCUGUUAUUGUUUCGUGUCACAUACUAUAUACCUCUACGCAAUAGUGGACAGUCGGCACUCGUGAUCGCUUAUAUUCUAGUGUGUAUAAAAUGCACCACUAUUGUAGUUGUAGCAAAUAU